UUUCACUUUUAAUUUGAAGCGCAACACUAAGGACUUGCAAGAACCCCACGAAACAAUAUUUCGGACUAACUUGGGAACGUAACCAACUAAAUUGACCUAUUAUAUGGGUAAAUGUCAUAGUUUGGGGUUUUAUUUCGACUUCGACGAUUUUGUUACCAGACUUUUUUUGAAUUUGUUUUUUGCGGUUCACGCGAAGUUAACGUCAGUUAAAAGCCUAGCUCGCGUAUAGCUUAUUCUCGCGAAUAGCCUAUAUCUAAAUAAAAUAACCUAUAUUGUUGUGGUUAAACUAUCAUUCAAAGCUGGCAUUUGUUCGUCCAGAAGUCGGACAAAACAUGGAAUUCCUUUGCCUACAUGUGCUGGAGUCUGAAAAGUUAAAGCCCCCGCCUCCGGUAGGUUAAUCGGGGAUAUUCUCCAUACAGUUUUCGCUUUCCCAUCUCCAAAUAAAACUACUUAAGAGCCAAAAUGUUCAAACUCAACUGGGAAUAUAAGAGCAAAGCAAACUACUAUUUACAAUGUAUACAAUGCAGAGUUGGACGUGUUUUUUUCAAUUUAUUUGCAGUAUGCAGAGCGUGUGUCAUUGCUGUGACUGGAUCCAACACCACUACGGUCACUUGAGCUCAGAAUACCUUUCCCUGCUGGACCAGAUGGGAGGAGACAUCACAGAGCAGGAUGCCCCUGUCUUUUUCCCAACAUCACUUUACAGACACAUUGAUGACGCCGGGUUUGAGGACCAAGUCAGAUUCCGGAACGAGACCAUCUAUCAAAUCACAAAACUGUUUGAUGGGAAUAUGAAGGCUGUCACCUGGGACAAGAAAAACUUGGACGAUUUCCUCAACAUUCUAGAACGACAAUUGGAGAACCUUAAAUCCUGUGUAUCACCUGCCAAGAAACCUGAGAGGAGACUGAAACGCUACUCCAAGGAGUUGAAUAGGAAGGUUCUGAGAAAAAUGAACUACAGUGCACAGGCGUGGGAGCUCAUCAGGAAAGAGACGAGACGUCAUCUGCAAAGAUUGGAUAUUUUUAAGGCAAAGAUUCACUGAUCAUCCGGACUCAUCUCAGAAGCUACGCCCUUAACAGUUUAUAAAGAAUACACACAAUCACGUGGGACCCUGUUAGUCUAUUUAUUAUAUUUGAAUGCAUAAUUCAUAAUUUUUUAUUAUUAUAAAUUUAUAUUUAUAUUUUGUAUGUCCCUUUUGUACCUAUGUUGAACUGAACUGUAUUUCCUGUCUGCUUGAAUAACCUGUGAAAAAAAUACAUAUUGAAAAUGUGUGUAGUUGAA